ACGCUGUUAUUUGAUAAGCGCAGUGUGUGGCGCGCGCGACGUCCUCAGCUGCUGCGCUGGUUUUGCGCGUUCAUGACUGAGGAGAAGUUUAGAAACAGAGAAAAAGACUUGGUGACCCGAAAGUCAGAUGUCACGAGGAGUUUUAAUUUUUCCAUACCAGUUAAACUUGUUAACAGCACUCAACCGGAGGGUUACACUAAUGAGUGGAGAGUGAUGUCACCCUCACGGAUGUUCUUCCUGUCUGCUGUGCUCUGCGUGGCCCUUUUUCAUCUCGUUUUGGGUCAGAAUUGCUCAGAGCACUGUAAAGCCUGUGGAGGGCCAGAGAAAGACCAAUGUCUUCAGUGCCACACCGGAUUCAUCCUGCAUGACAACCUGUGUGUGGAUAUUGAUGAAUGUGGUACUGAUCUGGAUCGGUGUCCCGACAACACGUACUGCUUGAACACUCAUGGCUCUUAUGACUGCAAAGAAUGUGAUAAGGCCUGUAUUGGCUGUAUGGGUGGAGGAGCUGCCCGCUGUAAGAAAUGUGCUCCUGGUUUCAGAUCUUCAGGCAUGAGAUGCCUAGAUAUAGACGAGUGCGGUGAGGAGGUGUUGGCCUGUCCUGGUGUCAAUGUGUUCUGUGUGAAUACAGAGGGCUCUUUUCACUGUCAGUGUGCAGACGGAUACACACGCACGGGCAACACCUGUGAGAGGAUCCACACGACAGCUUCUGCAGAUAAGGGUCUUUUUGAUGACAUUCAGGAGGAUGAAAUCGAGGUUCUGCAGCAGAUGUUCUUCGGUGUUGUUCUGUGCGCAUUAGCCACAUUGGCGGCUAAAGGGGACUUGGUGUUCACCUCCAUCUUUAUGGGGGCAGUGGCGGCCAUGGCUGGAUACUGGCUCUCUGAUAAGAGCGACCGAGUGAUAAAUUCCAUCUUGAAGGGGAGAUAAAUACAAAAGGGGCUUGGAAAGUUAUUUGCAGUUAUUGAUGUUUGCUAUUUUUGAGUUGGGUCAUUUCUUACACAGUGAAAUGACAGUAUGUUGUCAUCUAAAUGGCCCAAGGAAGCCAAAUGCCUUAUGAAGCUGCUAUAAUCAACAUUUUGUGUUAAAAUAAAGCAAUGAGCCACAAGAGGCCAUCCAUUACUGUAAUUUUACAUUGCAUAAGUGGUUCUUACAGUAACACAUGGCCUAAAGUGGCUUAUUGCUUUUAUAAAAUGACAGCUACAGCAAAAAAACAACAAAGUAGUUUUCAUUCCACUCACUAGUUGUCUGUAUCGGGAAUAUGAUUUGGAUGAACAUGGGGCCAUAUUAAGGGCCUCGAACCAUAUAAUUUAUAAAAUGUUGCUUAGAAAACGUCCUACAUUUGAUCCUACCAUCAUUUCUCAAAUGUGCUUACAUGUGAUUCAGAGAACGAACGAACGCACAAAAACGCCUCUCUUCCAGAUGUGAAAUCUAUAAAUCGCAAAUGAUCUCAGUAGACCCUCACUGCAGAACACGAGAUCCAGGGGGCGGAGAUGGAUAGGUUUAGGGAUAUGUAAAGUGGGAGGAGUUGGAUCUGGAUCCAACCUCGCCCCCUGGAUCUUGUGUUCUCCAGUGAGGACCAAUGGAUCUUGAAAUUGUGCACAGCUGAAUGGUUUCAGAUCUCCGCCUGAGAAUGGCGAGCGGCAAGAAUUGCUUAAUUUCCAAGUACCUGCAAUACUCUGACUCUCUGCCACAACGAAAUGUGUGUAGGCUACGUCUGCUUAGACCCUGAGGUGGCACUAAGUACUUUUCCACAUCAAAGAGCAUUUUUAUAAAUAUGAGCGUUGGUGUGGAUUUUAUCAUAGGCCUACUACGCAAGUUCAAACCUGUGUGUAUGCACAGUUUAUAAAAUGAGGCCUCUGCUGUCAUUUGUAAUUGAAUUGUUUGUGAUUUUAAGUAGCCUCCAGGUAGCAAACUAACAGUUUAUCCUACUAGCAUAGCACUAACUGGUUAAGAAAAGUUUUGAUUAGGUGUAACGUGAUAUAACACUGUUCUUGAUCAGACUUUGAGGGCAAAAUGAAUAUAGUGAGCUGGUUUUUAUUAUGGGAAUUUUUGGGUGAAUUGCUUAUAGCAGUUGUACAAGAGACUUGUGAUGUCUACAUAUGCU